GGGUCCUCUCCUCUACAGGAACUGUGUUUGCUAUUUGGACGACGUCCUGAUCUACUCGAGGAACGAGGAGGAGCACGAGCGUCACGUCAGGGCGGUGUUGGAGAAGCUGCGGGAGCAUAGGCUGUACGUCAAGCUCGAGAAAUGCCAGUUUCACACCAGAGAAGUGGACUUCCUGGGUUAUCGUUUAACCGACAAGGGGUUGGCCAUGGACGGCGAGAAGGUGAAGGCGGUGCUGGAGUGGAAGAGCCCUAGGAACAAGAAGGAUGUGCAGCGGUUCCUUGGGUUCAGCAAUUUCUACCGCAAGUUCAUUCCCAACUUUGCCAAGGUGGCGGGGCCCAUAACGGACUGUUUGAGUGGCAAGAAGAAGUUCGUCUGGUCCGAGGCGGCCCAAAAGGCGUUUGAGCGUUUGAAGAGGGUGUUUGCGUCGGAGGAGCAGCUGGUGCACGUGAACACGCACGCUCCACUCAGGGUGGAGACAGAUGCCUCAGAUCGCGCAAUUGGUGCCGUGCUUUUGCAGCAAGACAAGGCCGGUUAG